AUGUCGCGUGAACGUGCAGUAUCCGUUACCAAGAAACCUACAAAACCUUCACUAGGAAAACCUCAUUCCGAGUCGGUGGUCCCCACCAUAAAUACGGUGUCCGACCUUCCACCAAAACGGCUCCAUUCCCAGUCCAUUUCGUCGGUAUUAUCCAACGACAGUCACACGGAUGUUUCUGUUCCAUAUCCUGCCUCGAGGGGCAAGAUUCAGUUGAUGGACGACGAGGAUCUCGAGAAACAAAUGAUCAUUACUGCCGGCGGGAAACGAGAACAUGUCACAGCGUUUGUGGUCAAGCUUUUGUUUUUGACCACGAUAGUGAUAGGCCUGGGUGUGUUGGUGUUCUACGCUUUGUAA